AUGCUCAACCUUAAGAAGAUCUUCGUCGCCGCCUCCCUGAUGGUGGGCGCGACCAUGAUGUUUGCGCAGCCUGCCGCCGCCGCUAAGGGUCCCAAGAUCACCCACAAGGUCUACUUCGACAUUCAGCACGGCGAUGAGGCGCUUGGCCGUGUCGUUAUGGGCCUCUACGGAAAGACCGUCCCCGAGACGGCCGAGAACUUCCGUGCUCUGGCUACUGGCGAGAAGGGCUUCGGUUAUGAGGGUUCCACCUUCCACCGCGUGAUCAAGCAGUUCAUGAUCCAGGGCGGUGACUUCACCAAGGGUGAUGGAACCGGUGGCAAGUCGAUUUACGGCGACAAGUUCCCCGAUGAGAACUUCAAGCUCAAGCACACCAAGAAAGGCCUGCUCUCCAUGGCCAACGCGGGCAAGGACACCAACGGCUCUCAGUUCUUCAUUACCACUGUUGUCACUUCUUGGCUCGAUGGCCGUCACGUUGUCUUCGGCGAGGUCCUCGAGGGCUACGACGUCGUCGAGAAGAUCGAGAACGUCGAUACCGCACCGGGCGAUAAGCCAGUUCAGACUGUCAAGAUUGCCAAGAGCGGCGAGUUGGAGGUCCCUCCUGAAGGUAUCCACGUGGAGCUCUAA